AUGGAUACCACGGGCUUAGUAGGGCAGACCACCAAUGGCCGGGACAGGGAGUUCGGAGACCAGCGUGUUACAGGAUCCAAAUCAUCUUCCGGUCCCAUGGUCGCUCUGUGGUUUAAGGAGCCCAGAGAUAUCUUCCGAGACCCCUGA